CAUCACAAAAACACAACAACCAAAAAGAAAAGAAAAAAAGGAAGCGAAUUUAAAUAGCUUGACCUUAUAUUAGGUUGGCUAAGACCAAUUGAUUUUUCAUUGCAUUAAUAGGCACAAUACAAACUGACAAAACUGCUUAACGGAUUAUAAUGUAAUGCAAACACUGACCCGUCAUGUUUAAACAUGUUGUAUAAAAUCGAAUUAUAACCUAUUGAUAGGUAUUUAAUACCUUAAAACUAUGACAAAUAAAUACACUAAAUACUAUAACAUAUACACUGGGGUAAAACAUUUUAUCCAGGAUAUACUCUGUCACAGUGAGGCGGAAUAAAAUACAUACUGCUUAACAUAUGACGAUUGUCUUGACUUUUGAAAAAUUGGAUAUUAAAUUUCAUUGGGUUCAAAGAUGCAGAGCAACGAUACUGUCAAGUUCAAGAACUCAUUGAGUCGAACAAAGUGGGAGAUUUUAGAAAUGCUUACGCCUAUAGUACAAAACUUCAACCUUCGAAUAUUUGACUACAUGACCCAAGCUAUAUUUCUGAAAGGCAUGACAGGGAUCGCGAGUGUAGGAAUAAUAUUUGCUAUUCCAUAUCUGUAUAGUAACUAUAGUGACAAUGUUAUUUUGUGCUUACGAUUAUUUGGAUUUUUUAUUGUUUUUCAAUUAACUGUGAAUUGGUUGUGUAUAAAAUACGUUGAUACAAGUUAUAAGCCGUCACGUGACGGUAUUAUUCCGGACGGGAUAUCAAUUGGACAGAAAAUAUGCCAUACUGUCAACAAUAACCAUAAUGACAGCACCAUGCGACCUCGAAAAGACGCUACAUCACUGAACAUGGAAAGUUAUGACUCACAUGACAGCUUUAUGUAUGUCGCCACUAAAGUACCCAGAACCCACACGGAGCCACCCGAGCGAACCCAAUACCCAUAUUUCUCGUGGGUCCCGUGUUUACAGUGUAACAGACCCCGCCCACCAAGAUGUCACCAUUGUCCAAUAUGUGACAAGUGUGUAAUGAAGCGAGACCACCACUGUUAUUUUACCGGGGUGUGUAUUGGAGGUAGGAAUCUCAGACAUUUUACCGUAUUCGUAUUUUGGGCUCUCAUGGGCGCUUUAUUUGCAAGCGUACACUGUCUGCCAUUUUAUUACUACGAUAUUCUUCCAUACACCAGUUACUUUGACUUGAUUUUCCCAAUAGCAAUAACUCGUGCAAUAUUCGGAUACAUUGAUUUUGAUAUAUGCAUGUUGCAUAGUGCUCGGAUGGCUACUGUUACUGUUUUUACUUAUUGCCAACACAUAUCUGAAAAUAAUAGUUGCCGGUAUAAGCACGGGUAAAACUUCCUUUGAAAUGGAUUUCGACAUUUACAUUACUGAUACGAGGGGCAAAAAAGAUAAAUUGAUGUCAGUGUUUGGACCCCAUUGGAAACUUAACUUUUUCUUUCCUCUUCAUUUCAUAUAUGAACCAGUGGAUGAUACUGUUAGGUGGCCAACAAUAAAAGCUUGAUGUUUAUCAUCAAACUUCAGGUAGGGUGAUCGUUUGACACAUGUUUUCUGUAACACUGGGUCGCCGCAAAUGGCCUCACUUGAAAGUAUUUGUUAAUUUUUCGUUACAUCUUUCAAUAUGUGAAUAAUAACCAUGUACCAUUUUGUAGACAAAUAUUUGCCGAUUCCAUUUUCAAUUUUUUUUUAAAUGAAGCUAUUGCACUUUACUCGACAUGCUUGAUGAAAGUGUGACCAAUGUUACCGCAUAUUUUCAUUAAAAUAUUACGUAUACCACAAAGAAACAUGUCUGCAAGCAUAGCGGAAAAAGGUAUUCAGUAGAAAGUUUGGAAUUAGCAAACACUUGCCUUGGACAUGGCAUUUUUUAUUUAUUCAAAUAUUGAAAACUAUAACGAAAAAUUAGCGAAAUAAAAACCUUUCAAGUUUUGUGCGUGGCUAUUAGAGGUGACCAUAAGUUAUUGUUAACUAAAAUCAAGUGAUCAACCACCCUGACGUAAAGAAGUAUUUUGAAGUACAAAUGUAUAUUUUGAUAUACAUUGAUCGAAUUAUAGAUAAAAUUGUAAAAAAAACUAUCAGAACAAUUGUUUUAAUGUUUAUAAUGGUAUAAAUUUUUUUACGGUUUG